AUGCUAACAACGGUAAUUGGGCUGAUUUAUUACUUUACGAUUUUUCCUAUUAUAUUGGCAAAUUCUGUUCUGACUUUGGGUAUCUUUGGUUUUGUAUUGUCACACAUUCAAUUGGUUCUUGAAACUAAUUCUAUUUCAUUACUAAUUGCAAGAUAUUUAAUGUUUCCUACCGCUUCAAGUCAAUUAUUUGAUAAAGUUUUGGAGAAAAAUGGACAAAGUAGUUUUUUAAUCGAAUGUAAAAAAAAAUUUUUACAGCAGGAUAUAAACAAAAUUAAGCAAAGUUCCUCAACUACAAAACGAAGCAAAUUUGUUCAAAUGGAAAUUUAUUGGAUUAACUAUCUACCAUUUAAAAUAUUAUUCCUGUUUUAUCACAUAAUAAGAAGUAUUUUACCAAUUGUUAUAUCACUGAUUCCAGUCAUCGGCCCGAUAACUGUAACGGUGUUGUGUUCGCCAGCUAUUGGGAAACAUCUACUAAAAAGAUAUUUUCAGUUACUUAAUAUGAAUAAAAGACAAAUAGAAAAAGUAUCACAUAGACAUUGGGGUCAAUUUGUUUCAUUUGGAUUAGUUGCUGGAUCAUUACAAAUGCUACCUUAUGUAUCUUUAUUAUUUGAAUUUACAAAUCUAACUAGUGCUGCUUUAUGGGCUAAUGAUGUUAUAAAUAAAAAAAUUAAAAAUUUCCAUGACUAG